GACACACGGCUUUGGGUUUUUUGGAUUGAGCUGUAUUUUGAUUGGAAAGCCAUCGUUUCUCUCGCGUUUCGAUAAUCCACAGGGGACCAAUAAUGAGGCCAAACAGUCAAGCUCUCAAACACAGAUCCUUACACGAAACAGAGAGGGAAUUUGGAGGAACCCUUGGUGCCGUAUGCAUACCCGUCCUUCUCCCGCUGACGGUGCUGUUCCUGAUCAGUGUGAGCCGAUCCCCUGGGGCCAGCUUGCUCCAGUGGCCCCCUGCCGUCCCCUCCACUGACCAGCUAUGGGACCCUGUGGCCCCCGUUCUUCUGCUGGGCUGGAUUGCUCUGCAUGGCCUCCUCUACGCGAUGCCGCUAGGAAAGGUGUCGCAAGGAUUAGCGCUGAGGGAUGGAACGCGCCUCAAGUAUCCCAUAAAUGGUUUUCAUGGCCUGUGCGUCAGCGGCGUGUUGCUGAUGUUAUUACUGGCGCUCGGGGCUCCGCUGGGGUCUCUGUUUGAGCUGCUGUUGCCUCUAGCAGUGUGUGCAAUAGCGCUGUCAUUCCUGUUCUCCAUCUACCUCUACAUCCGCUCCUUUUGGGUUCCGUCUCAUGCUCUUGCUUUGGGGGGAAACACAGGAAAUCCCCUCUAUGACUUCUUCAUCGGACGGGAGCUGAACCCCCGGAUUGGAAACUUUGACUUUAAAUAUUUCUGUGAGCUCAGACCGGGUCUGAUUGGCUGGGUGGUCAUUAACCUUGGCAUGAUGAUGAAAGAGGUGGAGCUUCGCGGUUCCCCCUCACUCGCCAUGAUGCUGGUCAACAGUUUCCAGCUGCUGUAUGUGGCAGAUGCUCUGUGGAAUGAGGAGGCUGUUCUGACAACCAUGGACAUUGUGCAUGAUGGUUUUGGCUUCAUGUUGGUCUUCGGCGACCUGGCCUGGGUUCCCUUCACAUACGGCCUGCAGGCCUCCUUCCUUGUUGAGCACCCGCAGGCGCUUAGUUCCCUCGGAUCACUAACCAUUAUAGCACUGAAUGGUAUUGGAUAUUAUAUUUUCAGAAAAUCCAACUCACAGAAGAACCAGUUCAGACGAGACCCCACACAUCCAAGUGUUGCAAGUCAGUCAUCUUUCAAGACUGUGGCCCUUUUCAAGCUGGUGUUUUCUGAAUCAAGACAAAUACUCCCACAUUGCACUCUUUCACGACUGGAGACCAUCGCCACAGCAACAGGGAAACGUCUGCUGGUGUCUGGCUGGUGGGGGCUCGUCCGACAUCCCAAUUACCUCGGUGACCUCCUCAUGGCUCUGGCAUGGUCCCUGCCAUGUGGAUUCUCCCAUCUUCUGCCUUACUUCUAUGUGAUAUAUUUCACUGUGUUGCUGAUUCACCGAGAGGACCGCGAUGAGAGACAGUGCAGAGCCAAAUACGGACUCGCUUGGGACACCUACUGUCGCCGUGUCCCCUACAGGAUCUUCCCUUAUAUCUACUGAACAGGAAAGCAAACAGGGGGAAUGGGACCAAAACUACCCAUCACACAUUCCGCAAUAACUUGAAAUAAGAAUAUUCUUUUCCACUUCUGCAGACCACAAUAUAUUACACAGUUCAGUUACUGGGUAUCUGCAGGGAUUUCGUAAUUUAAAAAACGGCUUUGCUUUAAAACCUCAGAGGAAACUGAUAUUUGUGUAUCAGUCUGCAUUCACUGGACUUUGGUUCAGCUUAAGCAGAGUCUUAUGAGUACAUUCACCUCAAAUAUUGUGAUAAACUUGAGAAAAUCUUCAAUCCAGAAAAAGAAAAUACAUUUCCCUGUACACAGUAGAACCUAUUUUAAUGGAUAAGAAUGGGUCAAAGAAUAUUACCAUGGCCGUUUGUUGUUUUUGUGUGUAUGGGGGAAAUACGUUGAACAAAUAAAAAUAAGAAACAAACACUUGAUCAUGUAUCGUAAUUGCCCAUAUUAGAGUCUCUGACCAAACACAAAAAAUAUUGUGUUAAUAUUAGGGCCGGGACUUUAGCACGUUAAUUAGGAUUAAUUAAUUACAAUGUGAAUUAAGAUUAAUUAAUUACACAAAAAAUAACACAUUAAACUUUUUUUACGCAUUUUUACACUUUUCUUUUGCACCGCGGAACGUUUCUCAGUGGAUGAGUUUCGGAGGACCGAUUAUACUGGAGCACCAACUAGCGUUCAUGACUUCAGACAACAACAAACCACAGUGAACAUGAACGAAGAAGCUGAAGAGACUGUGUCGGUUGGCCCCGUGAAUGGGAAAUCUUAUUAUAAUAAACACACGGAUGGAAGCGUCGAUAAGAGCGUGGUUGUGUGCAAGCUGUGCAACAAGGAAUUCACAUCGAGCCUCAAGUAUCACCUCAACGCAAAACAAUUAGCAGCUAGCGUGGACGUACGAGGACCCACACCCAACCCACACUGCACCAGAUGACUGGUUUAAGGACCAGGGUAACUAAGUCCACGUCUGAAAAAAUAACCAAUGUUCUGAAUGUACUUGAAAGUAUUGGUCUACUUAAAAAAACAUAGUUUACAGGUCUACUUACCUAUAGGCUACCUGAAUUUCUGAAAGUACUAUAUUUCUAAAUAUGCUAUUGCUACACUUGUCUGCUGGAAUUGGUUGAACAAAAAUAAAAAUCCAUGUGAAAAAAA